GUUAUUUUUGUGUACAAAUUCCAUAGCAAGUCAAAGUUCAAUUCCCAGAUCUUACGAAGAUGUGAAACUCCAUCGAAAAGCUAAUCUGAUGCUGCUGCCUAACGUUACAGAAUGUGGUCCAGAUAGGAACAGCAAUCUUCGUAACUUGGUGACGCCAUAUGUCAUAAAUGGACAACCAACUAGUUUAGAUCAGUAUCCUUGGCUUGCACUCAUCAAGUAUAUCAAUGAAGAUGACGAAGAGCUGUUCCUGUGUGGCGGUUCGCUAAUCAACGAUCGUUACGUCCUCACGGCAGCUCACUGCAUCAACAACAUGAUUGUCGGAGUACGGCUCGGAGAGUGGGAUCUUGACACCGACCCCGACUGCGUGGUCAAGAACAAGGUUCGUCACUGUGCCGAUCCGGUGAUAAACGUUGGAAUCGAGCGAAUCCUGCUGCACAAGAACUACACGAGACGACUGUCCAAGGGAGGUAAAAUCGAUAUGGCUUUGCUGAGGCUUGAUCGGGUUGUGAACAUCGGAAGAUACGUUGCGCCGAUUUGUCUUGCGAAAAGUUUGGCGGAAGGGGAACUGCCUGAUGGCCAGAUGAUGUACUUGGCUGGUUGGGGAACCACUGAGCAUGGCGAUGUAAGCAGACGGAAGCUGUACGUGGACGUUCAUAGCGUUAACUUGGAGGAGUGUCGCCGGUUGGUGAAUGCUCCGUUGAUCAAGAUCGACGAGACGUUGAUCUGUGCGUUAGGUCAGGACGGGAAGGAUUCGUGUCAGGGCGAUUCGGGGGGUCCUUUGAUGGAACGGAGGUCGUUGGAGGAUGGGAGGGUUGGUGCCGAGUCUUGUGAAACCGAAGAUUACGACGACGGAGUGUGCAUUGCGUUACAAAAGUGCGACGCCUUCAAGCAAACCGGUGAACUCUCCGACGGCCAACGGAAUCUGCUGCGGCGCGAGCAGGAAAAAUGUUCCGGAUCUCUAGUGUGCUGCAAGCGGAAGGUGCGCCAAAAGGUUCCUCGGUCCUUCGAGGACAUCAAGCCGGCGAAAACCAAAGCCCACCAUAGUCUGUUGCCUAGCCAGGAGCAUUGCGGAGCGGAUAGUGCCGACAGGAUCUACAACGGCAACGUAACGUACCUGGAUCAGUUCCCGUGGCUGGCGGUGAUCAAGUACAUUGAUAAAGAUGAGAACGAAGCUUUCCGUUGUGGAGGAUCGCUGAUCAACAAUCGUUACGUCCUGACGGCAGCUCACUGCAUCGAAGAUUCCAUUGCCGAAGUUCGACUUGGCGAAUGGGACUUGGAAAGCAACCCGGACUGCGUUACCAGACAGGGUGUCGAACAGUGUGCCGAUCCAGUUGUGGACGUCGGCAUCGAGAAGAUACUGCUGCACAAGAACUACACGCGGAGGGCUUCCAAGGGUGGUAAGAUCGAUAUGGCGUUGCUGCGGCUCGAUCGAGAGGUGACCAUGGGAACGUACGUGCAUCCGAUUUGCUUGCCGAGGACGGAAUCGGAGUCGGAGAUCGUAGACGACCAGGAACUGCUGGUCGCCGGUUGGGGAAUGACCGAGAAUCGUGUGACGAGCACGAAGAAACUGUUUGUGGAUCUACACAACGUGAACCUGAACGAGUGCCGUCGGUUGAUAAAUGCUCCGUUGAUCAAGAUUGACGAGACGAUGAUCUGCGCGUUGGGAAAGAACGGGAAAGAUUCGUGCCAGGGGGAUUCCGGGGGUUCAUUGAUGGAUAUGAAAAAGAUCGAUGGAGGUAAGUUUCGGUACUUUUUGAGCGGUGUGGUUAGUAAGGGGCUGGCUUGUGGAACAACCAAACCUGGCUUUUACACGAAUGUGUACCAGCAAAUGGAUUGGAUUAUUUCCAAUAUGGAACCUUAAUGUACGAUUUGUUUUAUGAACACACAAUGUAAACUUAAUUCAAAACAAAA